AUGCAGAAGACGAGACUAGGAUGGAUAGCCGCAGGUCCAUUAACAGGUGGUUCUGCAUCGCCAACUCACUGCCAUUUAAGCAGAUCCACAAACAUCGAAGAACAAGUAGUCAAAUUCUGGAAACUGGAAGAAUAUUUGAAUCAAAGGCCACUCUCUCAGGAAGAGAGACAGUGCGAACGUCACUUCUCGCAGUCAUGCAAGCGCGUUGAAGGCGGCAGAUUCAUGAUCAGCAUCCCGUUAAAAGAAAAUCCGAGCGUCCUAGGUGAAUCACAUAACAAGACAUUAAGGCGGUUAAUCAGCCUGGAAGGCAAAUUGCACAGGAAUCCAGCACUUAAGGAACAAUACACGGCCUUCCUUGAAGAAGCGCUACAUCACAUGACUAAGGUGAGCAAUAUUUCAAACGCAGUAACAUCUUACUAUAUGCCGCAUCAUGUGGUCAUCAAGAACGACAGCUCGACUAAAGUUGUCUUUGAUGCAUCGGCGACCACAGACAACGGCAUUUUAUUGAACCACAUUCAAAUGGUCGGAUCGACGUUACAGGAGGAUUUGUUUUCAAUACUCAUUAGAUUCAGAAGUCACGCAUACGUCGUAGCAUCAGACAUUGAGAAAAUGUACAGACAAGUACUUAUCGCACCCAAACAACGUUCAUUGCAAAGGAUACUAUGGCGUAAAGAUCCUAAGAACCCCAUAGAGAUGUUUGAACUAAAUACAAUCACGUAUGGCAUUGCCUCAGCGGCGACGGCUUAUCUAGCAAUGAAGUGUAUAUUGGAAUUGGCAAGGGAAACCGAGCAACAAUGGCCCGACAUAGCAAGAAUUAUUCGGCAAGAUUUCUACGUAGACGAUCUCUUGACAGGUGCGGACUCGAUAGAGAAAGCUAGACAGCUAAUGCAAAGGACCUCCCACGUUUUAAACUCAGCAGGGUUCAAGCUCCGAAAAUGGAUUGCGAACAAAGCUGCAAUCAUAGAGGACAUAUUAUGGCAAGCUCGGCAGGAGGCAUUACUUUACAGCAUAAAGGAAUUACCUUCCUCAAAGGUAUCCAAAAGACAGAUACUGUCCGAAGUGACUCGGAUAUUUAACCCGUUAGGACUUCUGAGUCCAUGUUUAGUGCAAGCCAAGAUUCUACUACAGAAAUUGUGGAUGCACAAGCUGUCCUGGGACGAAGCAAUUCCAGCUGACUUGCAUUUUACGUGGACAUCGUUUCGCAAUCAGCUAAAUAGUCUCAAUCAGAUUGAGAUUCCUAGACAUGUAAUCUGCAAGAGCUACACCAGAAUCGAACUACACGGCUUUGCGGACGCAGCACAAGGGCCAUAUGGAGCAGUAGCACCACUCAAGCAUCAAACAAUCCCUUGUCUGGAGCUCUGUGCAGCGCUCACACUUGCACGAUUGGUAAAUAAGGUGACAAGAUUUUUGAAUAUAUCAUUCGACAAGAUUACAUAUUGGAGCCACUCUACAAUAGUACUCAACUGGAUACAAACGCAACCAAGCAAACUGCGAGUAUUUGUAGCGAAUCGUAUAGCAGAGAUACAAGAGCUGACAGACAUUCGUGACUGGAGACAUGUACCAACAGAGGAAAACCCAGCCGAUCUACUCUCGAGGGGUGUAUUCCCUAAACAAUUGCAACAAUGA